GGAGUUGGACGGAGGUGCAUGGCGCAGCGAGAGUGACAAGGAGUAUUGGCUAAUCUUCGGAUAUUCAGACUGUGGAUAUUUUUGGAAAUCAUGCAGAAAUUCUGAAAUGAGAGUGUGAGAUGAUAUCACUUCCGAAAGUGUGGAUAACUAUCACUGACCCAUUGAUGAAUACGAGCAGAACGGGUCUCAGGAAUAGCUGCUGCUGCAUUCAUAAACACUUCUUUAGAACUCACAACAGCCCUUGAGCUUUGUUUUGGGGUCACGAAACACCAGAAAUUUAUUUUGUGCAAGUGGGUUGGCAAUGGCUGAAAAGGGUCAAGUGGAUAUAGAACACCUCGGCGGAGUUAUCAGGCUCCGAGAGGAGCACGAAAAGGUGGUGAAAGACUGUGAAAGUCGGAUUCAACACUGGAAGAAGGUGUCGGGUGACUAUGAAGCCCUGAAUGACCGCCUCAAAACUCUGCCAGAUCAACUGUCAUAUGACAUCAUGGUACCAUUUGGCCCUUUGGCCUUUAUGCCCGGAAAACUGGUACACACCAACGAGGUCACAGUGCUGCUGGGUGACAACUGGUUCACCAAGUGCUCUGCCAAGCAAGCUCAAAAAAUUGUUGAUCACAGGAUGAAAUAUGUGAAGAAUGAACUAGAUGGCCUGUCCAAGACGAUAAAAAACUUUGAAGCCAGAGUUGGGUUUGCGAAGGAUUUGGAAACCAUCUCUGCUAGUAAAGGCGACUAUGUUGACAUCAGAGAGGAGGUUGGAAACAAUGACUCUGUUGUCACCAAAGGAAAGCAAAGAAUGGCUCACAAGCCAAACUCUAAGCCCAAGCAGGAUGUGUUUUUUGAUUUUAAAGAAGAGGAUGAGGAGAAUGAGGAGGAAAGCGGAGAUAGUGGAAGCAGGAAAUGCAUUAUGACUGAGGAGGAGCUAUGGGCUAGAUUGGAUGAACUCGAGAAGCUGGAGGAGCUACAAGAUGAGCAGGAUAAAUUAUCUGAUAAUGGAGACAUGAAUGGUGAGGACACAUCAUCCUCUUCCUCAGAAGAGGAGAAAGAUGCAGAUGCUGCGAUUCCAGUAAAUGGGCUGAGUUUGAAGCCAGGUUGGAGCGCGCUGCCUUCCAGCACAGCACCACUCAGACAGGACAGGAAAGAGGAGGAAGACUUUGAGGAGGAAGAGGAAGCCAACUGUUUGCCUACUAUCUACUUUUCUCACACAGUCGAACCCAAGAAGGUGAGAAUAAAUACAGGCAAAAACACCACGCUGAAGUUUAGUGAAAGGAAAGAGCAGAAGGAACACUCGAAGAGGAAAAAGAAAAAUGGCCACAGCAAUGGACAUGCUCAUCACGAACUUCACAAAAUCACAACACCAGCAGACAUUUACAGUCGAGAGAACAGCGUGUGCAGCGACACAAGCGAGAGCAGCGCUGCAGACUUUGAAGAGCGCAGGAUUAUGGGACGCAGCUUCAGUCACGACGAAGCAAUGCACAGCGACACCAGCGAUGGCAUCACAGAAGAGGACAGUCCCACAGCAGUGUUGCUGCAACCUCCCAGCAGAUUUGAGGCGUUUUCAGGUACAGUUAUAGAAAAGGAUCCAAUGCCCUCAGCUGUCCCUCAUCUGACCAUCUCUCCACCAGCUCUGCCAACAAUACUGGAGAGGAAACAGGAGGAGGUGGCGCCUGAUGUUGCCCCACCCCAGCAAGCCCCGAAGAGGGUGUCAAAGUUCAAAGCUGCCCGAUUGCAGCAGAAGUGACUGUUAAGAGGCAAAUAUUCAGCUUUUACAUGAACAUCUUUUGUGAAGCCUUUGUUUCUCUCUGGUAACCGAACAAAAAACAAACCACAUGCUCAUUUCUUUGCACGCCUUUCAUCCACUGAUUUCUGUUUCUAUCUGUGAAGUAGAGCACUUAACAAAUCAGCCUUUGCAUAACACUGCUUUUUUACGGUUUAUUGCAGCCUCUUUUGCUUAUCUGCUUUAAAAGACAUUCUUCUUUUAGUCUUGUUUAAGACAUUUGCAGUCUGUCAUACGUUUACCUGUCUACUCUUCUGUUGAUCUGUGAUAUCGCCGGGUUAACUCCGACUGUAGGCUUCGCCACAUAAGAUGAGUUGCCUUUUUUGUUUGUUUGUUUUCCCCCAGUAUUGAUUAUUAAACAGAAUCAGGUCUCGUUAGCUCUCAUUUUACCUUCUCUUGACCUGUCCUACUGAAUGUAUGUAUUCCUUUGUGGCAAGCUUUAUGUAAAACAGAAAAAAAUAUUGAUGGAAAGUAAAAGAAAAAUAAAUGAUUUUGACUACAA